AUGUCAAACGAGUUGAGCAAAGCUUUACAGAAGAAAGAGCAAGAUAUUGUCAAUGCCAUGGUAUUUCUUAAUAUCACGAACGAAAGGUUGCAAGAAAUAAGAGAUGAAGGAUGGGAACCAUUGAUGGAUGAAGUAUCUUCAUUUUGUGCAAAACAUGAUAUUUUGGUGCCCAAUAUGGAAGAAUUCUAUAUUCGUGGAAAGUCGAAAUGUAGGCCUUCUAGUGUUACUUAUGCACAUCACUUACGUGUUGAGAUUUUUUAUGCAGUGAUUGAUUUGCAACUUCUGGAGCUUAAUAGUCAUUUUGAUGUUGUGAGUAGUAACUUGCUUCUUGGUAUGGCUAGCUUGAAUCCGGCUAAUUUAUUUGCUAAUUUUGAUAAGGAAAGAAUAAUGACAUUGGCCAAGCAUUAUCCCAAUGAGUUUGGUGAAUUGAAGUUUCGAGAUCUUAGUCGCCAACUUGACACUUUCAUAUGGCACAUGGAACAUGGUGACCCUAGGUUCUCUGAUUUGAAAGGAAUUGGUGAUUUGGCAAAAGCAUUGGUUGAGGCAAAUCUUGUGGAGACUUAUUCACUUGUUUAUUUGCUUGUGAAGUUGACUUUAAUUUUACCUGUCGCAACUGCAACGGUAGAAAGAGCAUUCUCAUCCAUGAAGUACAUCAAAGAUGAAUUGCGUAGUAGUAUUAGUGAUGCAUUUUUAAAUAAUUGUUUAGUUUGUUACUUUGAGAAGGAAGUAUUUGUAAAUAUAAGCAAUGAUGCUAUUAUUGACCGUUUUCAAAAUAUGAAAGCGCGUUGA